AUGUUUGGUGCACCUCCUAAGUCUGGUAAGAAGGCCGCUCCGGCCCCCUUCGCCUCCAAGGCCUCGAAGAAGGCGCCGAAGAACCCUCUCAUCGAGAAGCGGCCCCGAAACUACGGAAUCGGCCAGGACAUCCAGCCCAAGCGCAACCUCUCGCGCAUGGUGAAGUGGCCGGAGUAUGUCCGCCUUCAGCGCCAGAGGAAGAUCAUCAACCUUCGUCUCAAGGUGCCCCCGGCGAUCGCCCAGUUCCAGCAGGUUCUCGACCGCAACACUGCCGCCCAGGCCUUCAAGCUCCUGAACAAGUACCGACCUGAGUCCAAGGCGGAGAAGAAAGAGCGACUGGUUAAGGAGGCUACCGCGAUCAAGGAGGGCAAGAAGAAGGAGGACGUCAGCAAGAAGCCCUACGCCGUCAAGUAUGGUUUGAACCACGUCGUCGGCCUGAUCGAGAACAAGAAGGCUUCCCUCGUCCUCAUCCCCAAUGACGUCGACCCCAUCGAGCUGGUCAUCUUCCUGCCCGCACUUUGCCGAAAGAUGGGUAUUCCGUACGCCAUCGUCAAGGGCAAGGCCCGUCUGGGAACUGUGGUCCACAAGAAGACCUCGGCUGUUCUCGCCAUCACAGAGGUCCGAUCCGAGGACAAGAACGAGCUGUCCAAGCUCAUCAGCGCCAUCAAGGAAGGUUACCAACCCAAGGCGGAGAACGCCCGGAGACACUGGGGCGGCGGCAUCAUGGGUGCCAAGGCGACGAAGCGCAUCGAGAAGAAGAAGAAGGCUUUGGAACAGGCCAUCAAGGUCUAAGCAGGCGCUGCGACCGGUUAACGGAUCGGAGAUUUUCUAUAUUUGCACAGUUCCGGCGUUGGAGGGGGGUAAAAAGGAGGGAAUACCAACCACAUGGAUUUGCACGCAGCUAGCUUAUUGCUACUCCCCAGAGUUUCACCGACGACAAAUGUGACAAAUGAACGAUUGAUCCGACCCGAACUGGCUGACUGACUCUUGUAAUGAUUUCACACGGCUAUGUCUUUCGUUCAUCGCUACCUGGUAGGCAAGUAAGCCCCGGCGGAGCGGACCCUAGCAGCGCCGUGUCUUUGCAGAUUGCCGCAUUAGGAUGUCUAAGCCGAAGGGGGGGGAAUAUGGGGCAAGCGACGGAGAGCUGAAGCCUCACACCGGUGUUGCUCACCACCCCCCCUUUUCCACUUCCCGCCUUUUCCGCGUCCCAAACGAGAGACGACUCGACCCGUAAGCGUCGGGAAUAACGCAGGA